GGAUCGAGUCUCUCGGAUAUGUAUCGGGAGCCAGUUUUGGAGAAAUCUGCUGACACAUCUGAUGAGGAGCCUGAGAUUGAUAUCAUGAAGCUGUUGAAAGAUGUUGAGAUCAUUGGUGCCCCUACAUUUAAGGGGCGGAAGCAAAUCGAGAACCGUAGAGUCGUUGAGUUGGGUGGAAAGGCCGUUAAGAAGCACCGCACACCAUUGAGUGUCGCGAAGCCAGCUAUGAAAAAUCAGAAGAAAAGAGAACAAAAGAAAAUGGAAGAGGAAAAACUACUUGGGAUCUUUGGGAAAAGAGACAAGAAUACCAAAGCUCAGAAGACUAGACCAGAGGACCGAGUUCUUAGGGCCACAGAAGGGCGCUUUAAGAAUGGUAUACUGGACGUCAAGCAUCUUCUGGCGCCACCGAAACCAUCAGGGAGGGACGCGCCAGAACCGAAGAUGAGAAAGGGCAAGCACAAGGGGAAGGGUAAACAGAAGGGGGGCAGAAGGAAGAGACGUUGA